AGUGAAAGCUCAUUCUUUUCUUAGAAACACGUAGAAACCGGUGAAAGCUGAAUUGAAUGACUCUGUUCAAUUGAAACCAGAGAAGUUUAAAUCGGCUUAGCUCCUGUCAAGAUCUCAGAAAAAACACUCUCAUAAUUGAGGAAACGAAAUAGGGUCUCCACAAAUCGACUCAUCGUCGUCUUCAAGAUCCAAUGAAAUCGAAGCAAAUCUGAUGAAUUCAUAUAAAGAUAUUGGUGAGAUCGUUUGAUUUGGUAUUCAACAUAUCAAAAUUCCAAAGUUGUUGGGAUGACUUCAAGUAAACAAUUCAAAUUCUUGAAAGUUUCGCGGUACAACUUAAAUUGGACAACGCUUUAAUAACUCAAUAAGAUCCAAUUGUUGUCUUACAUACAAACUUACAGAAGAUAAGUGUUUUACUCAAUAUAAUUCUAUUUCUUUAAUAUCCUUUCUGAGUUAUUUCAACUGCAUUCUAAUACUGUAUGUUCUUUUUCAGUAAUGAUAUACCUGAAAUACUUUAAUAGAGAGAUGGAUUUUACAGAUGGCAUGAAACAUGAUCCAAACGAAAAUCAGGUUCACUAACUUUGGAAGUUUUCAAUAGUCUUCCAUUCGCAAACACAAUGCAUUGAUCCCCCAAAGAUUUCAAAUAGUUCUUCCUGCAAUUAAGAUGAAUUUUCUUCCCCUGAAAGAAAGUUUUAAGAAAAAAAAAACAUUAUUCACGAUCUCAGUAAAACAAAACAUAAACUGAAAACUUAAAAAUUCUCAGUAUUUACUUUUUUUCUGCAAAUAUUAUCUCUAAAGACUCACCAAAACCGACAUUGGUUAGUUUCUGCAUAUGACUUUGGCUUCAGUCCACCAGGUUGUUUUCCACAGCCUAAUCUCAUCAAGGGAUGGUGGCAAAAGAGGCACAAGGACAGCAUAUUUGUCGUCAGACUCUCUUAAACGACAACUGCGAUGGACCAACGUGCACAGAUCUGUGUGACAAGAAAUGGCGUGGAACUGGCCAGUGUUAUCGAACAGUUGACAGACGUUUUAUUUGCCUCUGCAAUUUUAUUUGCUAGACUUGAUUUAUUGCAUGUUUUUUUCUUAUCUCUAUAAGAUAUAUGAAAGUUAUAAUAAAAACAUUAAUAAUUUCUUGCAA